ACCACCCUCGUCAACUCUUGCUCGUUGCUGCCACUGCCACCCCACACUUUGGAAUCCCAGGCCCUCCAGUCACCUCAAUCGACCAAUUUACACGAUUCACAAUGGGUCUCACCGAUUUUUUCUCCGACGUGAUCUCCUCCUUCGGUUUCCCCGAGGCCCAGGCUGAGGCUCCUGCCGAGAACGUCGAGGAGCCCAGCAGCCAGGAGACCGAGGCCGAGGAGAAGCCUGCCGCGACUGAGGAGAAGGUUGAAGAGAGCGCUGAGAGCACUGAGGAGCCUGCUGAGGAGACUCCUGCUGAGUCUGAGGAGGAGCCCGAGGCCGAGGCUGAGGAAGAGGAAGGAGAGGAAGAGGAGGAAGAAGAGGAGGAGGAGGAGGCAGAAGAGCCCGAAGACAUCAAGCCUAAGCUGGAGGAGGAGUGCGCCAACUCUGCUCACUGCGCCCCGUACAAGCACCACUUCGAGGAGUGUGUUGAGCGCGUAACCCAGCAGCAAGAAGAUGAGGACUACAAGGGCCCCAAGGAGGACUGUGUUGAGGAGUUCUUCCACCUCGCCCACUGUGCGACCGCAUGUGCCGCCCCCAAGCUCUGGAAGUCCCUCAAAUAG